UCACACAUGAUGCUUCGAUCCACGCGUUACGGUGCUCAGCUGGGGCUUGCGGCUGAAAGCGGCUGCAGUCGAGAUGGAGGUCGUCCCAGUGUUCGCUGAGGAUUUAGAGAAACGCCUCUCCCAUGGGCACAGCGGCCUCGUGGGCUCGCUCGUGCAGCGGUUGGCUGACAAGACCCUGCAUGACAGCACAGACAUGCAUGCAGAGGGAGCCCACUGGCCCGUCUUGGCAUCUUACCGCCCGAUUGGCACUCUUUGCUUCAUUCGAUGGAGGGCCCAGAGGUUCAGCUGCACUGAAGUAGUGUGUAGCGGCGGCAGCCUCCUCGUCGGUGCCGACCGAGGAGGAUGCGUGCGCAGGCGGGGGAGGCAGGGGCCUGGGCGGGGGAUAG